AUGGAAGUUGAAGACGCGAUAACAACCACCAUCUUCGAUGUUGGUGUCGCCGCUAUCGCGCAGCGCUCAUCUGAAGUUCGCGUCCGGGAAAUGGGAUUUAAACAACAACGAAUGGAAGAAGAAACCACAACGAAAGUAAUAACAUCAACGACGAUACUUCCAUCAAGGAAUGAAGAAAAAGAAAAAGAAAAACAAGAAGAUCUUUGUGAGAACAGGGGGAGAAUCGUGUACCCGAAAGCCGCGAGACAGGUUGCGGGGAAUUCGCACAAGCACGCUCGGGCUGCUCGCGUCGACGCGUGUGGACAUUUUUAUAAACCCACAGACGACACUCGAAAAGGAAUGACUGAGUUACAGUUUUACGAAAAUUGGCAAGCAAUGGAGCACGAAAGAGUCCCGGAGUUUUCACCGUUUCUAGCUACGUUUGUAUCGAGAACAGUGCUGUACGAGUCUCGCGACGCCGCGAAACCGAUGCCAUUUUUGAAAUUGCGCGACGUGACGGCUGACAUGAAGCAAGCAAACGUGGUGGAUAUAAAAAUAGGAGAGCGGACGUGGCAUCCAUCGCACGACGCAGCGUACAGGGAAAAACGGCAUCGAGGCGACUUGGAAACGACUUCGUGUUCGAUAGGGUUUCGCGUGUGUGGGAUGCUAACCUACGAGGAAGAAAGCAAUACGGAGAGGUAUUGGAAUAGAAAAUGGGCAAAAGCGCUGAAUUUAGAGACGACGACGACUGGUCUUGACGUGUUUUUUGGUCAGAAUAGCGAAAGAAUUACAAAUGUCCUUCGAAAGUUGAAAGAUAUCAGGCAAAGUUUAGAAAUGAAUCCGUUUCCGGUUUUCUUUUUGGGGUCUUCAAUACUUUUAUGUUACGAUAGCUCGGAUCUUCACAGCGAUGUUCGCGUUGUUAUCGUUGAUUUUUGUAACGCGGUGAAGAACAAAUCUCGAGAGGUGGACAGAAAUUUUUUGGACGGACUGAUCUCUUUGACGAAUUUGAUUGAACGUAUCAGAGACCGCGUGAGAGUGAGAAUGGAUCCGACGAGCUUGUCUACUUCGUCUUCGGGACUCUCGACAGCUGGGACUUUCAAUCCAAACACGCCGAGUCCUUCAAGUAGUAAGUGA